GUGAGGAGAGCUCGGAGCAAGUAGGUCUCGGCGAACGCUCCACCAAUGACCAGCUAAGAGAAAAACGCCCCACUGCUCCUCCGACUUAGAUCUGCGGGGGUGGGGAGUCCACAAGUUUUACUCUGGAUUUAGGGAAACCAUGGGAUUCGAGUUGGACCGCUUCAAGGGGACUGUGGACCCGGAUUUCAAAUGCAACUUGUGCAAUAAAGUCCUGGAGGACCCGCUGACGACUCCGUGCGGUCACGUCUUCUGCUCCGGCUGCGUGCUGCCCUGGGUCGUCCAGCAGAGCAGCUGCCCGGUCAAAUGUCAGCGGAUCUCCACCAAAGAGCUGAACCACGUCCUGCCUCUAAAGAACCUCAUCCUGAAGCUGGAGAUUAAAUGCGAUAACCAUACGAGGGGCUGCGAUGCCGUGGUGAAGCUGCAGCAUCUGGCCGAGCACGCCGAGAUGUGCGACUACUCCCCGGCGAAGUGCAGGAACAGAGGAUGCAGCGAGGUGCUCAACCUGCGGGACGUGGAUGCUCACAUGCGGGAGACGUGCGACUACAGACCGGUGGGGGUUUGCGAGAGCGGCUGCGGGCUGAUGCUCACCCAAAAGGAGCAGAAAUCAAAUGGCCACUGCUGCCUGAGAGCCCUGAAGGCGCACAACAGCGCGCUGCAGUGCAGAAUGAUCAUCCUGGAUAGGGAGUUCAAGAAGCAGACCAUAGAAGCCAACAAGAGGGAGAAGGCUCUCCUGGCACAACUUUCCGCCGUGCACAGCGAGCUGCAGAUGACAGCGCUCAAGUAUCAGAAGAAAUUCACAGAGUACAGCGAGAGGAUCGACUCCCUCACCAAGACCGUGGCUUUUUCCUGCAAGGAAGGCGAGACUAAAAGCGUGACCGUUGUCCUUCUUCGUGAGGGCGGCUCUCUGGGUUUUAACAUCAUAGGAGGAAGGCCAUGCGUGGACGACAACGACAGCACUUCGAAUGAAGGAAUCUUUGUGUCCAAGAUUGUGGAGAAAGGUCCAGCAGACAAAGAGGGAGGCCUUCAGAUCCACGACAGAAUAAUAGAGGUAAGAAAGACUUUUCAGUGCUACAGAAACCUUUGUGAUCUGCAAAGUAAGUAAAAAAGAAAGUCAACAAUUUUAGGUUCUCUAUCCUUUCUCUCCUGCUUACUUCCUGACAUCCCUUUCCUGGAUGCGUCUUUAUUUGGUGUGUGUGUGUGCGUGUGCGUGUGUGUGUACGUAGGUGUGCGUGUGUGUGAU